AACCACAUUGUGUGUGUAUCGUGUUUGGUUUCACAUUUUCACUCUGGCAUUUUUAAAUGUGUUGGAUGUUUGAUAUCUUGCUCCGGAAGGAGCUUGAUGGUGUCUCUGGUGUUUGCAAACGUGUCGGAAAGUGAUAUUCUGCUCCGGAAAGAGCUCGAUUGCCUCUCCUUUUCACAUCCGAAUGUUAAGGUGUAUUAUGUGAUCGACAAACCAGCCAAGGGAUGGGACGGAGGUGUUGGGUAUAUCAAUGAGGACAUGCUGAGGAAGGCAAUGCCGCCACCGUCGGAUGACAAUCUGAUAAUGGUGUGUGGGCCACCAGGAAUGAUGCGACACAUUUCAGGAGACAAAGCGCCUGACAAGUCACAGGGCGAGCUGAGUGGCUUGCUGGCGAAGAUGGGCUACACCAAGAACCAGGUGUUUAAAUGCAGCGAUAAUGACCGUACGUUCUAUUCGGGUGAACACGGAUUACCGAAAUCAGCGGUGGUGGCGCUAUCUUCCGCUCGCACUGCUACUGGUAGUAACUUGCUUGCUGCCCUGCCGAAUUACUGUCGUCGUCUGUCCGUCAUGGCGUCACAUGUGUCUGGCGAUGGCGAUGGAGGGAAGACGAUGGUCGUCGGAGUUGAAGCCGCCGCAACAGGAAUUGUCUUCGCCGUACCGCCCGAUCUGUCGCAGGUUUUUAAUUUUUAUUAUUAUUUUAUCUUUUUUUGGGAGGGGGAACGGGGGGGCGUAUCACAGGAAGACGGGGAUAUGGCGAGGAGAGGGGAUUAUGGAGAGGAGGAGGAGGAUGUGGAUGAGGAGGACGAUGAGGAGUCGUCGAGGUGGGGGGAGGAGAAGAGAUGGACGGAGGGAAAAGAGGAAGGGCAGGAGGAAAAGGACGAAUGGGAGGAGGAGGAGACAUGGAUGGCGAGGAAGGGGAGGACACGAGGAAGGGAAGGAGGUGAGGAGGCAUGGAAGAUGAGGAAGUAUGUGGACGAGGAGGAGACAAGGAGGGUGCAGAAGGGAAGGAGGAGGACGAACAGGAGGAGGACUAGUUGGAGGAUACGAAAAGGAGAAUGGAGGAGGAGACAUGGAGGAUGAGGAAGGGGAGGAAGAGUAAGACCAAUUACCAAGAUCCCCUACACAACAAACAUGAAGAAGCGAA